GGCUUUGGCAAGGUGCGGGCUGCGCGGCAGCUCUCCCAGCGGCUCCGGCAGCGGGCUGGGCUCCAGCGCUCCGGCGGGUCCGGCUGUGAACCAGAGCCACUCGCCGGGCGCUCACCUGCUGCUGCCGAGCCGCCAGCCCGGACCCCUCCAUCCGCCCUGCUGCGGGCUGCCCCGCUCCCCGCCUCCGAUCCGCCUCUGCGCUGCCACUAGCCCCCUUCCCGGGCGCCCUCGCUGGGCUCCGCCGGCCAUGCCCUGGAUCCGGCGGCACCGGCUGCUCCUCCUGCUGCUGCUCGGGGCGCUGCUCAGCGCCGAUCUCUACUUCCACCUCUGGCCCGAAGUGCGGCGGCAGCUGGCGGGGGCCGAGCCGGGCUGCCCCUGCCGCUGGGCGCCGCGCCCCGCGCUGCCCCCUUGGCCGGCGGCCGCCUCCCCGAGCGCCCGGGCGCGCAGCGCUGGCGGCUCCAAGCUGCGGCGGCUCUUCGCCCACCCGCUCUACCGCGCCCCGGAGCAGCCGCCGCGGGGGCCGGAGGAGUCGCUGCUCAGCCGGCAGGAGGCGGUGCGCUACUACCGCCGGAAGAUGGUCCGCUGGAACAGGCUCUGGGUCCCGUCUCAGAAGACUGAGGAAGCCACCUCUUUG